AUGCCAAAAAGACACCCAAGGUCGUGGGGCUGGAGAUGUGGCCAUAGAAGUUUCUCCACACAGAAAAUAUUUACUUUUAAAACGACACCUCGUCCUGGGUCUGGAUCCAUAAUGGCCGACGUGGUGAAUACGCUGCCGUUCUUUUAUGGCAGCAUCACUCGGGAGGAGGCAGAGGAAUACCUGCAUCAGAGCGGGAUGGGGAAUGGGCUCUACCUCAUGCGGCAGAGCAGAAACUUCCUGGGUGGGUUUGCCCUGUCUGUGGCUUUUGCAGGACGGUGCUACCACUAUACCAUUGAGAAAGAGCCCAGAGAAACGUACGCUAUCGCAGGGGGCAAAAGCCACAGAAGUCCCCAAGAUGUGAUCGAAUACCACUCCCAGGAGAGCGAUGGCCUUGUCUGUCUGCUCAAGAAACCCUGCAACCGGCCCAAGAACAUGCAGCCCAAAGUCGGAGCCUUCGACGACCUGAAAGAAAAACUCAUCAGAGAGUUUGUGAAGCAGACAUGGAAUUUGCGGGGCCCUGCACUGGAACAGGCCAUCAUCAGUCAGAGACCACAGCUGGAGAAAGUCAUUGCGACACAAGCCCACGAGAGAAUGCCCUGGUUUCAUGAGAUGAUCACUCGAGAGGAGUCUGAGUCCAGGCUUAGGAGUGGUUCUCGCACAAACGGAACAUUUUUAGUACGACAAAGGGACAUGCACGGGUCCUUCGCCCUGUGCCUCCUCCACGAUGGGCACGUCAUGCACUACCGCAUCGACAAGGACCGCACUGGAAAACUAUCAAUACCUGAUGGGAAAAAGUUUGACACCAUUUGGCAGCUGGUGGAGCACUACUCGUACAAACCAGACGGACUGCUGCAUGUUUUGACAGACUCUUGUUCACGACCAGAUUCCCACAACGCUCAUAGACCACUCAUUCCACUGCCUCCCCAGAGUUCUUUAAAAAAAGCAGCGAAUGGAUUCAUUGAGAGAAUCAUGAACCUGCCUGGUCUCCCAAAGAAGCCGCCCUCUCAGCACUCCAAUGAUGACAAUGAUUAUGUAAUCAAAAACUUGCCCAUGGAUUCGUCCGCAUUCGUGAGUCCAUAUGCAGACCCUGAGGAGCUCCGCAGCAAAACAGUGCAACGCAGUGAGCUCAUUUUAGAGGAUGGAGAACUAGGCUCAGGAAACUUUGGUACAGUCAUGAAAGGCAUCUACAAAAUGAGAAAAACGGAUAAACCAGUUGCAGUGAAGAUUUUAAAGAACGAUGACAGUGACCCGUCAGUGCGAGAGGAGAUGCUGCGAGAGGCAAACGUGAUGCAGCAGUUGGACGACCCGUACAUUGUUCGAAUGAUCGGCAUCUGCGAGGCGGAGAGCCUCAUGCUGGUCAUGGAGCUCGCCGAGCUGGGCCCUCUGCACAAGUUUCUGCAGAGAAACAAAAACACAUCAUGUAAGAACAUCACAGAAUUGGUCCACCAGGUUUCCAUGGGCAUGAAGUACCUGGAGGAGCAUAACUUUGUCCACAGGGACCUGGCAGCGAGGAAUGUUCUACUUGUGACUCAGCACUAUGCAAAAAUCAGUGACUUUGGCCUUUCCAAAGCUGUGGGGGAGGAACAGAACUACUAUUUGGCAAAAGGACAUGGAAAAUGGCCUGUAAAGUGGUAUGCACCUGAAUGCAUCAACUUUUUUAAAUUUUCAACUAAAAGUGACGUGUGGAGUUUUGGAGUUCUCAUGUGGGAAGCGUUUUCCUAUGGACAGAAACCAUAUAAAGGGAUGAAAGGGAAUGAAGUUAUGCAAAUGAUUGAAAGUGGUGGACGCAUGGAGCCGCCACUGAACUGUCCUCCAGAGAUGUAUGAUCUGAUGAGUACCUGCUGGACCUACAAGGCAGAUGAGAGGCCGUCUUUUGCGGUGGUCGAGCCAAGAUUAAGAGCUCAUUACUACGAUAUUUCACACUGA